GUGUUAAGUUUUAAAUACUUAAGAAAUCUUUACUUUCCUCUUUAAACUUGUAGAAUUGGGAUCAUGAUGUCGAAUAAUAGGUCCACAAUGCAUGCACCUGUUCCUGGCCCUGCUCCUACAAUUCUUUACAUUGGGAAUAUUCCUUAUGAAUGGGACCAACCAACAAUCGCUGCGGUAGUUUGUUCCACAGGCAAAGUGGUUGAUGUUCGUGUUGGAUUCGACUAUGACGGUAAAAAUAAAGGCUUUGGGUUUGUAGAAUUCUUGACUGCACAAGAUGCACUGAAUGCCAUUCCUCUUCUUUCCAACAUUAAGAUUAUGUCAGGAGGUCCAGGAGGCUUCCAAAAAUAUAAGACUCUUCGAAUUGAUUAUUCUAAAGAAGGUCUGAGAAGUGAGUUAGAUCAUAAGAAUGUUAUGACAUUUGAUAGAUCUAAGAUUCCUCCUAAUGUUAUUUUCCCUUCAGAAAUGGGGAAUUCAGUAGUCCCAGGGUUACCUUCAAUUCCAACCACUUCAUUCCAACCAAACAUCCCUGCUGGUUUACCACCGGCGCCUAAACCAUCCACGUUACCUCAACAACCGAGCUUUUUACCACCUAAUCCACUUCAGACAUUCCAACAAAGACAACAACAUCAGAUACCACAACAACAAGCUCCACAACAACAGUUAGCUCAACAAGCACCACCACGUAUCUUAUCACCAAAUCCAAUCAAUUCCGGUUCUACAGAUUUAAUGCCAUCAAAUCUUACCGGUGCUACACAAUCUCUUCCUCAAGCUCAAAAACUUCCAUUCACUACCCCAGAUAAAAUUAGUGAUACUCUCAGUAAGAUCCCUCCUACGCAACUCAUUGAAUUAAUUGCCAAUUUGAAGAAUAUUUUGAAUGCACCUGGUGCCAGUAGAGCAGCCGAUGUAUUUCAAUUAUCUCCUAAUUUGGCACCCUCUGCCGCGCAAGCAUUAUUACUUAUGGGCCUUAUUGAUUCUGAAGUUAUCGCUGAAUCUAUGAAGUCUGCAUCAAGUACCCCAGUUCCACAACAAGCACCAAUCCAACAAUCUUCAGGAUAUGGUCAACAACAGGGUUAUCAACAACAACAACAGCAAGGUUACCAACAACAACUUCCACAAAUUCCUCAACAACCACAACAUCUCCCACCUCCACCAUCUUCACAAUUCAACAACAACAACAAUACUACUAAUAAUAAUAAUAAUUAUGGAUCAUCCAAUUAUAAUAAUGCACCAUCUCAACCACCUCAAAUGCAACCACUGAAAUGGCCACAUCUCCCACCUCAAACUCAAGCCAAACUUUUGAAUUUAGCUCCAGAUCAAGCUGAUUUGAUUGCGCAAGUGUUAUCAUUACCUUCGGAUCAAAUCAGUAGUCUCCCACCAGAUAAGCAAUCAAUGGUGAUGAACUUAAGAUCUCAAUAUAUGUAGAUGAGACAUAAUAAGAUAUAGGUAGAAUUGUAUUUAUAUAAAAAUGUAUAUAUGU